GCUCCUGUGUGGCACUGUGCGGUCACGGGUGAACUGUGCAACGAGUGAGAGGUGCCAGAGUAUUAGUGAGAGGAGCCCCCCCCCCCACCCACCCACAAGCAUACCCCAAGAGGCAGUAAAGAAAACGGUCGUCAUGCACUGCUUUCGCCAUGCACUCGGCAAGCAAAGAAUGGCGGUUGCAAGUCUCUUGUUUCUGCUUGCAGGCGGCAUUUUAGGUCCACAACUUUCAAAUGCAACUUGCGAUCCAUUGUGCCUCCCGCACCGCCUCGCCUGGGCCGGAAUUCCCAUGACGAACGGCACCACCAGAUCCUUCUUCUGGCCAGAGGACGACUCGGACGAAAUCUACCUGACCGGGAAUGGCAUAAGGAUCACCCUCGACCUCCAGGAUCUCCCUCGGAAUCGUUGGCACGAGGUCGAGUUGCAGGUCAACUUGACGGGGGACAGAAUGAAGGACAUUUCAGGUCGUGAAGGGGGCGGAGCAUAUCGAGUUAAGUGCCCAAGCCUUUCUAUCGACGAGGCAAGGAGCUGCGAGGGAAGGCACUGUUCGGCACUCAGCCUAGGGACGAACAGAGCCAGUCGGUGGGCCUUCGACUGCGAGGCUGCUCCAUGCGGGUGUCCAGAAUUUGCUGACUGCCCAAGCGCCACUGAACAACACUGCAGCACCGUGCAGCUGAGUGAGUUCAGUCUCCUGCUCGAUCGCCCUCAGGCGGUGUUCUGGCGGCCGGAGUCCCUUGAGGAAAUAAGAGUCAUGUGGGGCGCCAACUUCGAGCAUUCCUUCAACCUGGGAGUGGAGGAGGACUUGUUAUUCAAGUGGAUAAAGGUGGAGGUGGAUCUGGUGGAGGAAGAAGGAACCUCCGGAGACCGAAGCUGCACGCUGAAGGUCCCUCAGCUCAACGUGUCGAGGACUUGUUCCACCGUUCCCGCAACUGGCUCUGAGAUGAUGUUCGACUCGCCCAACCCCCUGCUACUGGGCCUCGGGUGCGACCUGCCCCCGAGGGAAGCCCCUGUGGUUACGAAGCCGGUUGCAGCAAGGGCGGGGGGAACCUCGUGGGCGUGGAUUUCCUUCCUCGUCAUCGCCAUCAUCGUCUGCAUCGGUGUAGCAGUCUUCUUCGUGGUUAGAAGGAGGAACCAAAACCAUUAGGGUCGUAUCCCUUCUUGUUUACCGCCGCAGUCGUUAGUCGAUUAAUUAUUAGUAGUAGUAUUUUUAUUAUCAUUAUCUUUAUUAUUUUUAUUAUUCUUAUAAUUACUGUCAUCAUUAUCUUUUUAUUAUUAUUAUCCUUAUUAUCAUAAUCAUUAUUAUUAUCGUUAUUAGUAUCAUUAUCACUAUUAUCGUUAUUAUUAUCAUCAUUAUUAUUAUUAAUUAUUAUUAAUAUUGUUAUCAAUAUAUAAUUAUGUUCAUGAUCAUUUUGUUAUUAGUCUGUUCAUUAUUUUGUUCACAAUCGUCAUUGUUAUUAUCACCAUUAUUACAUUAUCCUUGCUAAUGUAACUAUUAUCAUUAAUAUUUUUUUUUCUGUUUAUCAUCAUCAGUGUCACUUGUCUGCCAUUUUAUUAUAUUUUUCAUUUUUUAUUUGUUAAUUUGGUUUUAUCCAUAAUACAUCUUUAUCAAAAAUCUAUUUCCUUCGU